AUGCCGCCCAAGAAGGCGCAACCCGAGCAGAAGGUCCUGCUGGGCAGGCCCGGCAACAACUUGAAGAGUGGCAUCGUCGGUCUCGCCAACGUCGGCAAGUCCACGCUCUUCCAGGCCAUUACCAAGUGCUCCCUCGGUAACCCGGCCAACUUCCCCUAUGCUACCAUCGACCCUGAGGAGUCGCGCGUCCUCGUCCCCGACGAGCGCUUCGACUGGCUGUGCAAGCAGUACAAGCCCAAGUCCGAGGUCCCCGCCCACUUGACCAUCUACGAUAUCGCUGGUCUUACCCGUGGUGCUUCGACUGGUGCCGGUCUCGGCAACGCUUUCUUGUCGCACAUUCGUGCUGUCGAUGCCAUCUUCCAGGUCGUUCGUUGCUUCGACGAUGCUGAGAUUAUUCACGUCGAGGGUGACGUCGACCCCGCCCGUGAUUUGGACAUCAUCAGCGAGGAGCUGCGCAUCAAGGAUAUCGAGUUCGUCGAGAAGGCCCACGAGAACUACGUCAAGCAGACCAGGAGAGGUGGCCAGAGCCUUGAGAUGAAGAAGCUCAAGGAGGAGCAGGCCACCGUCGAGAAGAUUCUUGAGCACCUCAAGGCUGGCAAGGAUGUCCGCAAGGGCACCUGGUCCCCCAAGGAGGUUGAGGUCAUCAACACCCUUUUCCUUCUUACCGCUAAGCCCGUUGUCUUCCUCGUCAACCUUAGCGAGAGGGAUUACAUCCGUAAGAAGAACAAGCACCUUCCCAAGAUCGCUGAGUGGGUCAAGGAGCACGCCGAGGGCGACCCUAUCAUUCCCAUCUCCAUCUGCUUGGAAGAGCGCCUUAGUCGUUUCGAGACUGAGGCCGAAGCUGAGGAGGAGUGCAAGAAGCUUGGCGUCCAGUCUGCGCUUCCCAAGGCUAUCAUCACCAUGCGCAAGGCCCUCAACCUUGCCUCGUUCUUCACCACUGGUGAGGAUGAGGUCAGGCAAUGGACCAUCCGUGUCGGCACCAAGGCACCACAGGCUGCCGGUGUCAUUCACACUGAUUUCGAGAAGACUUUCAUUCAGGCCAUUGUGUACAACUACAACGUGCUCAAGGAGCUUGGUGAUGAAGCGACAGUCAAGGCCCAGGGUAAGAUUAUGACCAAGGGUAAGGACUACGUCGUCGAGGACGGAGACAUCCUCCUCAUCAAGGCUGGUGCCGCUAAGGGUUAA